AUGGCGGCGGAAGCGGAGACGUUCGCCUUCCAGGCGGAGAUCAACCAGCUCCUGAGUCUCAUCAUCAACACGUUCUACUCCAACAAGGAGAUCUUCCUCCGGGAGCUCAUCAGCAACUCGUCCGAUGUGAGUGGUGGCGUCCGUCCUUUUAGAUCUGGCUUAUCUCGUCCGUUUCACCGUGCUGCCCCCCCCCCCCCGGCGGACGGUCUCGGACGGGAUUAGGGUGAUCGGUUUGUUGUUUUUUCUCGUUCAUGUCCCUUUGAUAUGUCCUUGCUGAUGGGACUUUUGAUCUGCAGGCACUGGAUAAGAUCCGCUUCGAGAGUCUGACGGACAAGAGCAAGCUCGAUGCGCAGCCGGAGCUGUUUAUUCAUAUCGUACCCGACAAGGCGAGCAAUACGAUCUCUAUUAUCGACAGUGGUAUUGGCAUGACCAAGGCUGGUACGUGGGCGUUGUUCUUGUCGAUUUGUUUCUUCUUUAGCCUCCGUUUUAUUCGGGAGAGCUUCUCGUGGGAUUUACUCUUGUCGGUUUGUCUGGCCUUUUUUCGCUGCCUGUUAAGGAUUAUUUUGGGAUUUUGGACUAAUACCUGUUACUGGUUGCAGAUCUGGUUAACAACUUGGGAACGAUCGCUAGGUCGGGAACUAAGGAGUUCAUGGAGGCGCUUGCCGCCGGAGCCGACGUUAGCAUGAUCGGUCAGUUUGGCGUGGGGUUCUACUCUGCCUACCUUGUGGCUGAGAAGGUCAUUGUGACCACCAAGCACAAUGAUGACGAGCAGUACGUCUGGGAGUCUCAGGCUGGUGGUUCUUUCACCGUGACAAGGGAUACAUCGGGAGAGAACAUUGGCAGGGGCACUAAGAUUACUCUCUUCCUGAAGGAAGAUCAGGUAUAUCGGCCGAACGACCCUGUAUUUUUGUAUUUGUACCUCUAUGAUGUUCAGGAAGUUUUAGCGUCAAAUUUGUGUUACUUUCUCAAUUGAUAUAUUUGCCUGCUAGAUUAUGCUUGAGGCUUCAUUGCAUAUCAUCGCCUGGUUUGAAGUAGUUAAAAAUGUUCCUACUUAGUUUGCAUGAGUAGUCUUAUACAAGGUCGUCUUCGGUAUGAUAUUUUGAUCUGAGAAGCUUAGCUAGAUUUUUUACCCUUCUCGUAUAAUCAGAUAUUUAAUAGCUGCAUUUUUUAUGCGUAUAUCUCCAUGUUGAUUUUCUUGAAACUUUGUACGAGUGCCCUAUGAGUAUUUCCUAUUUAUACAUUAGUUCGGCAAAUGCGACGGUGCUAACAUGUCAUGAGUUUUCUCGUUGCACCUGCUUUUAUUCCCUCAGUAUCUAGUGUCUAUCUUCUCUUUAUCAUGUUUAUUGGUGAAGUGUUUCAUGCUGAAUUCGUCUUCGAAAUCUUCCUUUAAGCGAUUGAUUAUCCUAAUGUACAACUGGCUUUUCGGUGAAUUUACGAAUAUAAUCUACUGGGUCCCGUGUUCAUUAGAUAUUUUCAAUGACGCGCUUUUUCACAGGGGCCCUCUUGAACUUCUGUCAUAGUGAACUGCAAUUAAUAAGCUAUACCUUUUUUUUCGUUCAUCAGUCCCUACAGGAUAUAUGAUCUUUUUUUUUCUUAAAAUCAUCAUUUGCCCAUCUUAUCGGUGAUUACUUAUUAAUGAUUUCUCUACUGCGAUAUAUAUAUAGACAUGUAAGAGUCGCAAUUAAAAUUUUAUAAUGUACUGAUGUUGAUGAACUGGUGGCAAACAGUUGGAGUAUCUAGAGGAACGUCGCCUGAAGGACCUUGUGAAGAAGCACUCCGAAUUCAUCAGUUACCCCAUCUCCCUGUGGACCGAGAAGACGACAGAGAAGGAGAUCUCCGACGACGAGGAGGACGAGGAGAAGAAGGAGGAGGAGGGCAAGGUGGAGGAGGUGGACGAAGAGAAGGAGGAGGAGAAGAAGAAGAAGAAGAAGAUCAAGGAGGUGUCCCACGAGUGGUCCCAGAUGAACAAGCAGAAGCCCAUCUGGAUGAGGAAGACGGACGAGAUCACCAAGGAGGAGUACGCCGCCUUCUACAAGUCCCUGACUAACGACUGGGAGGAGCACCUGGCGGUGAAGCACUUCUCGGUGGAGGGUCAGCUGGAGUUCAAGGCCAUCCUGUACGUUCCCAAGCGCGCCCCCUUCGACCUGUUCGACACGAGGAAGAAGCUGAACAACAUUAAGCUGUACGUGCGCCGCGUCUUCAUCAUGGACAACUGCGAGGAGAUCAUCCCCGAGUACCUGAGCUUCGUGAAGGGUAUCGUGGACUCGGAGGACCUCCCCCUGAACAUCUCCCGCGAGAUGCUCCAGCAGAACAAGAUCCUCAAGGUGAUCCGCAAGAACCUGGUGAAGAAAUGCCUGGAGCUCUUCUUCGAGAUCGCGGAGAACAAGGAGGACUACGACAAGUUCUACGAGGCCUUCUCCAAGAACCUCAAGCUGGGCAUCCACGAGGACUCCCAGAACCGGUCCAAGCUCGCGGAGCUCCUCCGCUACCACUCCACCAAGAGCGGCGACGAGCUCACCAGCCUCAAGGACUACGUCACCCGCAUGAAGGACGGCCAGAGCGACAUCUACUACAUCACCGGCGAGUCGAAGAAGGCCGUAGAGAACUCCCCCUUCCUGGAGAAGCUCAAGAAGAAGGGCUACGAGGUACUCUUCAUGGUGGACGCCAUCGACGAGUACGCCGUCGGCCAGCUCAAGGAGUUCGAGGGCAAGAAGCUGGUCUCCGCCACCAAGGAGGGCCUCAAGCUGGACGAGAGCGAAGACGAGAAGAAGCGCCAGGAGGACCUCAAGCAGAAGUUCGAGGGCCUCUGCAAGGUCAUCAAGGACGUCCUGGGCGACAAGGUGGAGAAGGUGGUGGUCUCGGACCGCGUGGUGGACUCCCCCUGCUGCCUGGUCACCGGCGAGUACGGCUGGACGGCCAACAUGGAGAGGAUCAUGAAGGCGCAGGCGCUCAGGGACUCCUCCAUGGCCGGCUACAUGUCCAGCAAGAAGACCAUGGAGAUCAACCCGGAGAACCCCAUCAUGGAUGAGCUCCGCCGCCGCGCCGACGCCGACAAGAACGACAAGUCCGUCAAGGACCUGGUCCUCCUCCUCUUCGAGACCUCCCUCCUAACCUCCGGCUUCAGCCUCGACGACCCCAACACCUUCGGCAACCGCAUCCACCGCAUGCUCAAGCUCGGCCUCAGCAUCGACGACGACGACGCCGCAUCCCCCGCCGACGCCGACGCCGAGAUGCCACCGCUCGACGACGACGCCGAGGGCUCCAAGAUGGAGGAGGUCGACUAG